AUGUCUGCCUGUGCACAUACGUACCUCUCCGACACUUGGAACCGCGACAAGGUCAUGGCGAUUGUGCAGUUUCUUCCAAUGGCGCUGGAGGGCCCUGUCCGCAACGCCGGUUGUGACUCACUGGCCGAGUCUCUGGGCAAUCUGUCAAAGAUGGCGGAUUCGUACCGUGCGGUCACCCGUUUGUCACUGCUGCUCAAUGCGCUGUCAUCCAAGACUUUGAAGGACCUGGCGAAGCCAAAGGGAGACGCCCUCGUCUGGCGCCUUGAGCAGGUCUCGCACGCGUUCCACAUUGGCUUCUGCCUCAACGAGCACACGGCUGUGCUUGCGGGACGAGGAGUGCUUAACUCGGGGCUGACGCGCUUUGGUGGUGUUGCCGUGGUCUGCUGGUUGUACACGCUUCUUCUGGGUAUUGCCCGCCAGGCAUACCUGUUGGCAAAGCACAGUCCCAGGGGUUCCUGCAAGGCCCUUUUACCGGAGGAUGCGGAGAAGAAGGUUGUCCCGUACACGCACGAGGAGUGCAAGCGCGCUGUGGUGAACCUGGUGAAGAUGAGCUGCUUUGCCGUGUUUGCAAUGACGUGUCUGCCUGAGGGCAGGCCGAAGCUGCUGCAGGACGUGUGUGGUCCCUUGGUGCCCCUGCACGAGUUGAUCAGGGCGAUUGCCCCUAACAAGCUGCACCUGAGUGACACUGUGCGUGGUCUGUUGGCCGCCACCGCCUCAUUGUGCGACUUCUAUUAG